CAUAGUUCCUCUGCUAUAGUUGCCGUUGUACGGUACAGGGAAUACUGCACUUGAGCGCUCAUUUGAGGUAUCUUCAUUUUUACCAGGAAAAAGAAAGCAUCGUCGUAGAACAGCAAAGGCAGUCCUAUCACCGGAGACCAAGAACAAUACUUGGAAAAAAUAGGAUCAGGAAGUUCAGUAGACGAGGAGGAAGAAGGAAGAUUUCAAGGCGCAGCUCAUGUCAAAUUCACUGUAAAGCCGCAUGAUAAAGAAGAGCAACAAACAACAGGAUAUCAGGAGGCGGCACCGGCGACAACAACCAAAGAUGCGGAAAAAGGAACGAUCGUCACAGAACAGCAAGGCAGCAGCCCUUUCACCAGAGACAAACAACGAGAUUUGGAAAAAACUGAACAAGUAAGUUCAGUAGACAAGGAGCACGAAGUAAGAUUACAAGGCGAAGCUCUUCUCAAAAUUACCGAAGAGGUCAACAAAACGAACCAAACAACAGGACCGCAGGACACGGCAACGGUGACAACAUCACAAGAGGAAGUGGAUGAAGAAGAUCCCACGCAUAUACAUAUUGAAGCAAAUCUUCAGAGUGUUCUCGACAAAAACGAUAGUGCAAUCGAAAGUGCGCAGGACAAAUCUUCAGAGCUUACAGAGAUGACACAUGCACAAGUUGAGGCACCUCAUGACACAGCAAGACACGAAAGUGACGAAAGAAAUACAAGGCAGCAUAGAUACUGAGCCCACGAAAGAAUUCAUCGGGAAAAUAUUCAACGUUGUAUGUCGCAGGGAAUGGACGGACGAAGAAAAAAAUGGUGAUUUCAUAAUAACGUGUGACGUGACUACCAACAUCGGAAACGCUUUCAGAAGCUUCCAAAUUGGUAAUGCGGUGCACAGUACAAACAUCGAGCCUUUGUUACUGAUGCUACAAAAUGAAUUCAAGGGCUCACAGAGGAAGAUCCUAACGCUACACAACACUCAUUCAAUACACGGUGCUGAUGACAAAGAUCCCUUGAACUUUAGAGACUACGAUGACAAUAAAAUUAGAGAAAGAGUUAUACCCAAGCAGCUUAUGAGGUUUUUUGAUAUCGAAGUAGGAGAGGAUCUGCAAGAUUAUGAGAUGUUUCUUUUGCCAACUGCUUUAGGGGGGUUCGUGAAUCAGAAGACUAUCGGCCACUUUGUGGCCAUAUCAGUCAAUAUGAAAAAACAGCGCUUCGAGCUGCUUGACUCUAUAAAGGAUUAUAGUGAGGCAAAAAAAUUCUUGAGUGUUGUAGCAAGAAAAUUCAAGAAGUUUUGGAGAGAAAUAGGAUCAAAGAUUCAACUUUCUCCAAGUAACAUUGACCAUUUCAAGGAGUUCGAUGUGCAUGUGCCACUUCAGGGACCAGACACGCUGGACAGUGCGUUUUACAUGUACAUGAACGUCAAGCACUAUUCCGAAGAAGGAACAACCAUGUCAUUGACUGAAGAACAAGCCCCUGAGUUGAGGAAGAGAAUUAUGUAUCAUUUAUUGAGCGAGCACAUCAGCAAUGCAAACUUAGUAUUGCUAAACUGUACGAGAGAUAUGUUGAAACAUAAGGUUGUAAUUGAAGAUGAAGAAAUGAAAGAAGUACAAUGCGACAUGGUUGAAGUAGAAAUUCCUCAAUUUGCCGAGGAAAUUGAUACGAGCGCUCGAGAUACACAAGCAGUUGAAGUGUUAGAAGACAGUGAAGAUGAACGCAAGGACGACAGUCAAGAUUUGCAGUGGGAGCAUGAACGGAAGGAUCCUCCAAUAAAAUCAGAUCGACCUCCCGGCCCAAGCAAAGAGAAUAUAAAGAUAUAUGAACAGAGGAUAAUUGACGAGCGCAAACGCGAUGCUGCGAUUUCUGUUCCUAGAGAAACAAGCAAAGGCGUGAAGAGAACAGUGGAGAGAAACCGAGCAGUAAGAAGCACAUCAUGCACAGGCGAGUCUUUGGAGUUCUUACGUCCAAAAACGCUAGCCUCUGAAGAAGAAGUGACACUCUUUCUUGAGAGCGUGUCACCGGCUCAAGUAGACACCUACAAUGAGCUUGUAGUUAAAGGACAAAUGGAUUUUCAACAUUUCAAAACAACGUUAGUGAUGGACAAAGCGUAUGAGCGCCUGGCAAGGUUGCAGUCGGAUUCCCCAGAUACGUCAGCACGUCAGUCAUCUGAGAUCACGACGGCAAACAUAAUAUCUAUCAAGAGGCCGUUAAAGCGGUCAACCAAGGUCUACGAUGUAACUAACAUUCCUACAUUUGAGCAUCAACACUUCAUUCACAUGGACAAAGCCAAAGCUAUUCAUGACUACCUAAUGAGCAACGAAGGGCAGAAGGAAUGCAGAAAUGCAAACUUGUAUAAAAGCGCAGUUUGUGAAGAAUGUAUUAUUGGACAAAUCAUGCUGGACCAGCUCCAGAAAGGAGGAAAGGGGCAAAUGGAGGCGACCAUGUGUAAUGCAUUGUUCGAAGAAUGGACAGAACAGAAAUGGUACAAUACAAGUGAUAAAGCUAUACUGACAGCAGAAUUUGCUAAUCUUGUACCCGGCCUCGAAUAUGAAGAUGGAGGGCUAAAAGAAUUCAACGAGGAUGAUUCACUACAACAGUUUGAAGCAACCAUGAAAGGAAUAAACCUUCUAGAUAAGAAGCUGAUCAUGAUACCUCACAACACCACUUCACACCACAUGUUGUAUGUCCUUAACAAGUAUGAGAAUAGACUUGACAUUCUGGACUCACUAGAUUACAAGAAGUGUAUUAAGAAGACAUGGAGACAUCAGCAUAGAAGCUGUAAAGAACUGGCGGCACUACGGGGAAGUAGCACUAAAAGCCCAUGAUGGACCUAAUUGGGGACAAUUGGCAGCCAGGCCUAGAAGAGUUAACACACCAAAACAAAAGGAUGUGCAAUGUGGACAAUUCAUGGUGCAAUUUGCAAAAUACUCGAACGGCUAAUCACUAGAGAAGGAUGAUGACGAACUCCGUGUAAGUUAACAAUAGAUUUUUUUAAAUUUCUUCGAGAAUCAAAGUUUCCAUGAAAGUAGUAAGUAUUCGGAUAUCAUGUCUGCAGUAUACUGAGGUGGAUGACGAAUGGAAACCAGAGUUCCUAUUCACAGCGACAUUCAGUAAAACUAAUCAAGUAAAGUGGCACCAGCUGCCUGCAACAAUUCAACAAUUCAGGCCAAUGAAUUCAAAUCUUUUUUCUCGCAAGGAAGAGACGAUGAGCAAACAUAAGGGCAAACAACAAAGCAGCGUGACGUAUCCAAAGCAUGAAGCACCACGCUUUGAGCACACAGACGACACAAUCAAGCUCCUGCAACUAAUCAUGAGCGACAAAUGGCAAAAUGAAUUCAAAAAGUGACAUGUUUUACUCAUGAAUGCAAAAUAAUACCUCAAGAUACUUUUCAUAUUCCGCUCCGCAUCAAUAAUUCCUUUUUUCCUUUUCACAACAAAAAUCUAUAUAAGCGGAGGUAUGGAUAGUCAGAAACAAUUUUAACUGGAGCGCAUCUGAAGGCAGCAUUUGGACCAACACCAGGACUCCUUAGAGGUCGCUUUGAAAAGAGGGUGCUGAAUGAAAUAGCAUAUAUAUGGGAGAGCAAACAGCCUGCACAAGAUAGUGAUGAAGACAGACUAAUAUUAGGCCCGUGUUUUGCAGAGCAUAUACUGAAAAUAGAUAAUCCCAAUCAAGGUGUUGCUAACUUUAAAAUGGAAUUGCUUGACCAGAAGGAAAAAUUGAUUCCCAUGUACCUGAGCGAAAAACAGCAGAAGAAGCUCUUAACAGCAAAUAUGAUAUUCUUAAUAAUGUUGAAGAAUAGCCAUUACGCCGUAUAUAUGCUCGACAGAUACACGAAUAAAGUCCACGUCAUUGAUCCUGUUGAAGUACCUCACCAAGAAAUAGAUGAAGAAAACAAUCUAGACUAUAGCAGUUUGAACGAUGUGGAAGCAAAUAAGUUUAUGGAUUUCUUUGAAGGAAGAAAAAAUAAAAGGCUUAAAGAGUCUAAUCUCUACCACAACCACAAAUUGAAAGUUGUACCUAGGUUUAAAGUGGUUCACGAAGUGGUACAUGGCACAGAAAUGGAAACCAAGCGGAAGGGUAAUUGGCAAGUAAAUGUUCUAGAAGAUAUGCCAAUGGUUAACAAGGGUGAAUCAACGUAUGUUGCUCUGAAGCUUGCAUUGCUGUAGAAUGGCAUAAAAUUCGUCGAAGACAU